AUGGCGCCCCCACCAGUAAUCAUCUCCAUUUCGGAUGACGAGGUCACAGCUUCCGGAGAUGAAGCCGAUGUACUACCAUCCACAUCACCAAUCCGGGAUGUCAAACCAAGGAAGCGCAAAAUACCAUCGCAAGUGCCAGAGAAGAUUGAGUGGACAGAUGACGAUGAUGAACUGUCCUAUGAUACCUUCAAAAAGCGCAAGAUUGACGAGAAACCGGCUAAGGGCAAGGGUAAAGCCAAGGCCUCGGAGAGACCAGCAGCGAAAGCUGCAAAGGGCAAACCUCGGGUGAAGGUCCGGCCUGGAGAUCAUGAUGAUCCAGAAGAGAAUCUGCCAGAUUACCUCAAGCAACGUCGCCGAGCGUUUGACCAAGAUCGCAAACGCCUCCAACAGGCGGGGUUGAAGCUGCCUCCUACAUAUGACGACGUGGACUUUUCCGACGAUGAGCGCUACGGACGGCUGGAAGAGAGGCCAAAGUUUGACGAGAAGAGUGGCGUCAAGCCUAGUCGUGCCUACGAGGACAUUGUCCUUCCGCAUUCCUGUGGCAUCAUUCCCGCUCCGAUUGCGCAAUACCUUCGCGAUUAUCAGGUCGAGGGUGUCAAGUUUCUUCAUGAACUAUUCGUCUACCAAAAAGGAGGUAUUCUCGGAGAUGACAUGGGCUUGGGAAAGACGGUACAAGUGGCAGCUUUCCUAACUGCCAUGUUUGGCAAGACUGGAGAUCAGCGAGACGCCAAAAGGAUGAGGAAAUUCCGAUGGGCGACUGACCGCUGGUAUCCCAAGGUGCUCAUCGUAUGUCCAGGAUCAUUGACGCAAAAUUGGAGGCAGGAGUUGGACCGCUGGGGAUGGUGGGCGACUGAUCUCUACCAUGGAGCCGGCAAGGAUGACGUUCUCGCCGCCACUCGAGCUGGCAGUCUUGAGAUCAUGAUCACGACCUAUACCACAUAUAAGAACAACCAGAAUGCAGUCAACAGAGUCGCUUGGGAUCUUGUAGUUGCCGACGAAUGCCACUGCCUGAAAGACCCUGGUUCUGAAGUCACAAAGGCCAUGACGGAUGUCAAUGCACUGUGCCGAAUCGGGCUCACUGGCACGGCCAUUCAAAACAAGUACGAAGAGUUAUGGUGCAUACUCAACUGGACGAAACCGGGCCUCUUUGGAACACUGGCCGAGUGGAAGCAUACCAUCAGCAAACCUCUGACGAUAGGACAGUCUCACGACGCGACCAUUCAGCAAUUGAGCAAAGCGAGAAAGACGGCAAAGAAACUAGUAGAGAACCUUCUUCCACAGUUCUUCCUUCGUCGCAUGAAGAGCUUGAUUGCUCAUCAGCUGCCUAAGAAGAGCGACCGAGUUGUUUUCUGCCCAUUGUCCGAAAUACAGCGCAAAGCGUAUCAGAACUUUACAGACAGUCCUCUUGUAGAGAUUGUCAAACGUGCCUACGACGACUGUGAGUGCGGCUCGGGGAAUAAGCGAGGAUUUUGCUGCCACGAGAAGACUGCAGAAGGCGAAUCAUGGAAGGCUUUGGUUUUUCCAUGCGUCAUGUCUCUGCAAAAGCUCUCCAGUCACCUUACCCUGUUGAUUCCUUCCCAUUCAGAAACCAAGGAGAAACACGAUAGAGAUAUGAGAUAUCUACAGGCUGCAAUGCCAGAUAACUGGAAGACAUUGUAUAACCAACGAGAGUCACUUUUGAGUCUCUCCAACCCCGACUUUUGUGGCAAAUGGGCAGUUUUGAAGAAGUUGCUAGCAUAUUGGCAUUCCAACGGAGACAAGGUCCUGGUAUUUUCACACAGCGUGAGGCUGCUGAGAAUUCUCCAGUACUUGUUCAACAACACAAGCUAUAAUGUCAGCUAUCUGGACGGAUCUUUGUCGUACGAAGACCGUCAGAGCACAGUCGACGACUUCAACACAGACUCGAACCAAUUCGUCUUCCUCAUCUCCACCAAAGCUGGCGGUGUCGGCCUCAACAUCACAUCUGCAAACAAGGUCGUAAUCAUGGAUCCCCACUGGAACCCUUCCUAUGAUCUGCAGGCCCAAGAUCGUGCAUAUCGUAUCGGUCAGGUCCGCAACGUGGAAGUCUACCGUCUCAUCUCUGCCGGCACGAUUGAGGAGAUCACGUACGCCAGACAGAUUUACAAGCAGCAGCAGGCAAACAUCGGCUAUACUGCUUCCAACGAGCGCCGCUACUUUAAAGGCGUUCAGCACCAGCCUGAUCGUAAAGGCGAGAUCUUUGGUAUUGACAAUCUCUUGUCUUACAGACCAGAUGAAGUCAAGUUACGAGACAUUGUGAACAAGACAAAUAUUGCCGAGGCCAAAGCUGGCGUCAGUCUGAUGGAUGUUGACAUGGAGCAAGCUGUUGAAGAGGCCUCGCAGGAAGGUCUGAUCAAGAAGGAAGAAGACCCGGGCAAUGAUAAUGGCGGACUGGGCCAUUUGGCAUCUCUUCUAACCAAGCAGGAAAUUGGCGAUGUGGAUAAGAAGAAGGCCAAGGCACGAAAGAGCGAUGUUGUGCAGGCCAUUCUCGUAUCUGCGGGCGUGGAAUAUACCCACGAAAACUCGGAGGUCGUGGGAUCUUCCAAGGUGGAAGACAGAAUCUCGCGGCGUGCAGAGCUCGAGGCAAGCCAAGAUCAGGGUGAGACUGCCAGAGCCAUCUUUGACAGCCAGGAUCCCGGCAUCGAUGACGCAGAUAUCGAGACGGGCAAUCUCAGCUUCCACUACAACCCGCCCGACGACGUCAAGCAGCGGCAAUUUUGCACAAUGGCCAAGACGUUUGGAUUUCCCAAUGCCACAGAGUUUGCGCUGGCGGUGGAGACCAUGACCCAGGAACAGCGCAGGAACACCUUGGAACUGUUUUAUACCAAAAGACUGGAACGUUUGAGGGAUUUCGGUAUGGUCAAGUCUGAGAACGAGGGCAAGCUGCCUGUAGAUGCCCAGGAUGGGGUCAAGGACGAGGUGAAGCCUGAUAUCAAGCUGAAACCAGAGGACUCAAAGCCAGAUUUACGCAGUGAGCAAAAAUAUGCAUUGCAAGCCACGAAUGAGACAAAGGUGAAAGGUGACGGGCCAGGAAAUCCUUCAGAGGUUGGGAAGAAUUCUAUCAAGACGGAAUACAGCAAGAGCGCAUCAAAAAAUGUGCGUUUGACGACCAAGCACGAAGAGUCACCGAAGGCAUUGAUUUGGACCAUUGACGAUGACGAUGACGAUGAGCUAUGA